AUGUCAGCUAAGGCGCAACAAGUGAAGCAGCAGAAAUUGAACAGAUUGAUUGCGGAUGACCUUGCCGAAGACGACAACAGCGUGGUGGUGCUCAACGCGAAGCGCAUGGACGAACUGAGCAUAUUCCGUGGAGACACAGUGAAGCUGAAAGGGAAAAAAAACCGCUCCACAAUUUGCAUUGCUAUGAGUGAUGAAAACUGCCCUGAAGGGUCGAUCAUGGUGAACAAAGUUACACGGCGAAACAUCCGUAUUCUCCUUGGAGAUCUAAUUACCGUCAGCAGCCACAGCAAUGUGCCGUAUGGGAAUCAUGUUCACGUUCUUCCUAUUGACGACACCGUAAAGAACCUAACAGGCGACCUGUUCGAAACAUUCCUCAAACCAUAUUUUCUGGAGGCCUAUCGACCCGUGAAAACAGGAGAUUUAUUCAUUUGCCGUGGGGCGAUGCGCUCGGUAGAGUUUAAGGUGGUAGAGGUGGACCCUGGGGACUGCUGUAUAGUUGCUCCUGAAACGGUGGUUCAUUGUGAAGGCGACCCCAUCCGCCGCGAGGAUGAGGAGCGGUUGGAUGAUGUGGGCUACGAUGACAUUGGCGGCUGCCGCAGGCAGCUGGUGCAAAUCCGUGAAAUGGUUGAACUUCCCAUUCGCCACCCCGAGCUUUUCAAGAGCAUUGGCAUAAAACCCCCUCGUGGUAUUCUCAUGUACGGCCCCCCAGGAAGCGGCAAAACUCUUAUUGCUCGGGCUGUCGCUAACGAAACCGGUGCGUUCUUCUUUUUGAUCAACGGGCCGGAGAUUAUGAGCAAGAUGGCCGGCGAGUCGGAGGGUAACCUGCGCAACGCAUUCGUGGAGUCAGAGAAGAAUGCCCCUGCAAUUAUUUUUAUUGACGAAAUAGACUCAAUCGCCCCGAAGCGCGAAAAAGCGCAAGGCGAAGUGGAAAAACGUAUCGUCUCGCAACUUCUGACGCUCAUGGACGGGCUGAAAGGGCGGUCGCAGGUUAUUGUUAUGGCAGCAACCAAUCGGCCAAAUGCAAUCGACCCUGCGCUUCGCCGUUUUGGUCGCUUCGACCGGGAGAUCGACAUUGGUGUUCCCGAUGAAAUUGGGCGUCUCGAGAUCCUCCGCAUCCACACAAAAAAUAUGAAGCUUCAUCCAAAUGUAGACGUGGAAAAGAUUGCUAAGGACAGUCAUGGAUACGUUGGUGCUGAUUUGGCGCAACUCUGCACUGAGGCAGCAAUGCAGUGUGUCCGUGAAAAGAUGGCCGUUGUGGACUGGGACGAUGAAACAAUUGAUGCCGAAGUUUUGGAUUCCAUGUCUGUAACAAAUAAUCAUUUCUUGGAUGCACUAAGCAAAAUGAAUCCCUCUGCUCUUCGUGAGACGCAAGUGGAGACUCCCAACGUCACGUGGAGCGAUGUCGGUGGUCUUUUGGAUGUGAAGAGGGAGUUGCAGGAGCUUGUUCAGUAUCCAGUAGAGUUCCCGUGGAAAUUCGAGAAGUAUGGAAUCUCCGCCCCGAAGGGUGUGCUUUUUUAUGGACCACCAGGUUGCGGUAAAACACUGCUAGCGAAGGCUAUCGCUACGGAAUGUCAGGCAAACUUCAUCUCCAUCAAGGGGCCGGAACUGCUAACGAUGUGGUUUGGUGAAUCUGAGGCUAAUGUAAGAGACGUGUUUGACAAGGCAAGGGCUGCUGCUCCGUGUGUGCUCUUCUUCGAUGAACUGGAUUCCGUGGCGCGGUCCCGCGGUCACAGUGGUGAUGGGGGGGCAAGCGACCGUGUCAUCAACCAGAUCCUUACUGAAAUGGACGGUAUGAACAGUAAGAAGAAUGUGUUUAUUAUUGGAGCAACCAACCGCCCGGAUGUGUUGGACCCUGCGGUAAUGCGCCCAGGCCGCCUUGAUCAGCUCAUUUAUAUUCCACUGCCCGACAAGGCGUCGCGUGUGGCAAUCCUUAAAGCCAGUUUCCGCAAAUCGCCCUUGGCGCCUGAUGUUGAUUUGGACCAGUUGGCUGCCGCCACGCACGGGUUUUCCGGUGCGGAUCUGGCUGGUAUUUGUCAGCGGGCAUGCAAACUAGCCAUUAGGGAGUCCAUUGCAAAGGAAAUUCAACUUGAGGAAGCAAGAGCGAACGGUGUCCUUAAUGAAGAUCAGGAUAUUGACCCGGUACCGCAAAUUACUCGAUUGCACGUUGAAGAGGCCAUGCGCGGUGCUCGUCGCUCUGUCAGUGACGCUGACAUCCGCAAGUACGAACUUUUCGCCACGUCGCUUCAGCAGUCACGUGCAUUCGGUAACGUGAGUUUGGACCCCGGUAAUCAGGGCGGAGCGGGAGGUGAUGCCGGUGCAGGAGAUGACGAUCUCUAUAGUUGA